CAAAAAUAGACAGACUAUCAAUCAGCCUGUCAGUUGUUACGCAAUUAAAGAAAUGCAGUUUGCACUUUUAGUUCACCUUACUCCCCCAUCCCCAACAGUAAUAAACUCGUCCUGACGUCGACGUGACGUAGACGGCUCCGUCUGCCGACUGCCUCUGCCACAGCUGACAGACGACAGUGAGAGUGACUACGACUAGUGAGCUAGUGACAGACAGCCCGGAUAAGGUUAUGUUAUGUUGAUGGUAAACUAACACCAAAAACUGACGUUUUGGCGUUCGUCCGUUACUCGUUUGUUACGGUGUUAAAGUGUUAUACAAUUUGUAUUCUUAUUCUUGUAUUUGUUAAAAUGAAAAGAAGCUAUCAAAGUGGGGCAAAGAAAAGGCAAGACAAGAAGAAAAGAGAAGAGGAUGCUUCAAAGUGUUCUUCCACCCUAUCUGCUUGGUUAUGUCCUACUACUAGUACUACUACAACUAAAAGUACUAAUGUCACAUCUACAUCUAGUACUGAAACUAGACCAAUAAUUGCCUCAGUCCCAGGAAAUGAGAUUGAAGAGGAAGUUACAGCUCAAGAUAACGCUGAAGAAAGUAUUGAUGAAGAAGUAACAUGCCUAGGGCUAGGGCAUCAACAAGAAAAUUGUGCCAAACCUCCAACAAGUCCUACGUCAAGCAGUGAACUGAUCGGCGUAAAUGAUCAAGUAAGUAGACAUGCCAAGUACAGAAUACUUAUAUUAUAUUUUUCAACAUAACAACAUAUGCUGUUUUAUCGCCCUAAACAUGGAAUCCCUACGAUAAAAUAUUCCAUGGUUACAUGGAAGUAAACAGUAUUACUUCCAUGUAAACAUGGAAUUACAGUAAGUCCCUAUUGUUAUGAUCAUGUUUGUAAGAAAAAAAUACUAAUGCAUUGCAAUCUACUUACAGGUGGAAUGUAGCCGGACGAA